UUAUUGUUCUACCAGGAAGUCGUACAGGUAACUCGUACAGGUGGACAAGUCUCUUGGGAAUUCUAGGACCUAUAUAGUUAUAUGUCAUACUGGGAUUUAAAAAGUUCAAUAUCUAGCUUGCAUUUCAGUAAAGGAUGGUAACUUCUCGGUUGAAUUUGAAUCAGGAUGAUGGAGUACAAUUUCUACCUUGAAUUUGGAAUAUUGAGUGUCGCCAAACACCACAUGGUCGCAACACUGUGAAACUAUUUGAGGACUAUGUUAAGAAGCCUGGAAACUCAUGUAACAAAAUUGAAAAAGUCAUUGGAGAGCAUGGAGCGUCCCGAUGCAUUGGAUGUUUUGCUGGAUGCAAUACCAGAAAUUGAAAGAAAAUACACUGCUGCUAUAAGGAACAGGAGGCCGAGAGUGAAGAUUGAACCUGGAGAAAACUCUUACAACUUUGCCUCUGGUUGUUGUGCUGGGAGUUGUGGAAGCUCUUCUGUAGCGAAUUCCGCGAUUUCCCAGCACCACAACAUGAACGUGUGUCCCAAUCAGUACUUUAACUCUCAGGGCUGCCCUGACAUGUCUUCGCACUCGUUGCAUGUCACCAAGGAACUUAACACCAUGCCUCAUAAUUAUCAGUCUUACAGCUCAACAGAAAGUGUACCACAUUCUGGGGUCCAUCUAUCUAAUUCCUCCCAGUACAUGUCAUCUUACACUGAUUCGAGUGUCACAGAUGAGAGUAUGGAGGUAAACAUUGACGUGGCUGAUCGCUACGUCCAUGACAGUAUCCAGAGUGAAGCAGAAUCAAAUUCAAUGGGUUGGUCACAUGACGAGAAGGCUGCCCUACCUAGAACCAUAUUCAAGGCCACACACUAUCUUCCAUCCCUCAGUCGAGUCCCGCCAUUGCUCAACUAUAAUGACAUGCAGGUAGGUAACGAGGAAGUGGUGGAGACUUCAGAACGUAUGACAGGACAUACUCCUGCUCAAUUUGGUCGACAAGUGUCGGAGGAAAUGAAUACAAACCAGCCUUUAGUUGACCCACAGGGAAUGCCAGCACGAUCUAGUGCUAACCUUGGACUUAAUUUACAGGUUCGCCCAAUGAAAGGACAACAUACUCCAGCGGACAAAAAGAAAUUCUGUAGUCCAAGUCCAACUACUCAUGGGAAUCCUCUCGCAAAACUGCAACAGUUUACAAACUCUGAAUCCUAUAUGCCUAAUGAGGAAUACAAUUCAAUCAUGGCUGCCAAAAACCGUGAGGAGAUGCUUUAUAAUCGCAGUAAUUUAGAGGAAGUGCAAUGCCGCCUUCGUGGUGGUAGUGACCAGGGUGUAGUUCAUAGAGACCCACAUACGGAAGAGGAUUUUCGAAGGAUAUUCAAUUUUAAUGGAGGGAUCAGAAACCAUCGAGGUAUGCUUGACCAACAGCAACAGCUUCAAAAUCAACGUAUUGCAAAGGAAAAGUCUGCUGCGAAUAAAGAACCCCCAAAAACAUUCCCACGAGCCAAAUCAACGAUGCAUUGUAUAUCAGCAGUCGGGGGAGCACAAGGCAACCAGCCCUUGGAAUGUAUGUCAGGGCUCACGAAGUCAAAGUCCAUGCCUGACGAUAUGAAACCUGUGGAGUACCAGAGAAAAAACUUCUGGCAUAUCAAGGUGUUUGUGACAUACUCCAACGACAGUAAACGCCACAUCCAGAGAGUACUCAACCUGUGUCGCUGUCUGGAGAAGAACGGUUUCACAUGCUGUAUGGAUGUUUAUGAUCACAAGAUGAUUGAUAGCAUUGACAAAAUUGAGUGGUGUAACCAGCGGUUUUCUGAGGCUGACUUUGUACUAGUGUGUGUGUCCCCUAAUUACCUGACAGAGGCUACUUGUGUUGUGGAGAACAACGAGAGUGCUCUUCAUACUGCAUAUAUCUAUCAGCUCAUGGAAAGUGAGAUUCAAAAUGGUGGUGCAGACAUAGAGACAAGGUUUAUCCCAGUCAUGUUUGAUGGGGCUCGCCCCGAGGAUAUUCCAAAGGUAAUGCAUCACAGACUCUGCUAUCUCUGGCCUAAACAGUACCGUGAUCUGUUGUGGUACCUCACCAAGCCGGAGACUCGCACGAAGACCAAAGCCAGUAAUUAUGUGGAACAGUGUCCCAGAUCACCGAAGUCACCUAACAUCCCCACAUGAACACCUUAAUUCUGACACCGUUUUCUGUAGGUUUGUAGGUGACAGUGCCCUGUGUGAGGAAAACAUCUGUGUUGGACAACAUCUGUGGUGCAAAACACCUGGAGUUUAUUUAAGAGGAAUAGUGUUCAAAGUGUAUACAGUAAAACUCGGAUAAGUCGAAGUCGACGGGACCGAGCAAAAUAUUCGACUUAUCCGAUGGUUCGACUUAUCCGUGUCCGUUUGUAUAUGGAGACAAAACACCCGACUAUCAUCAUUUGUAUGCAUGCAGAACUGGUGCUUGAUAACAUAGUCGAAAAUAAGCAAUAAAUGAUAACAAAGAAAUUAAUUAAUUGUACAUGAUAACACUUAUUCCUUUAUCUAAUAAACAAUAUUGUGCACAGUUACGGAUCAAAACAAAAUUCAUGCGUAAAAUCAUCUUUGACAUAGAUACGCGAUUUACACACGGGAGUCGUACAAUGACAGCAUAAUAUUUUACGAAAACGAUGAUACAUUAUAAGAAUAUAAAUGUAUACAGUGUACUCAUAUUAUUUAUCUUAAAAUCCAUUUAUAUUGUUUUACAAUUUAACAAUAUGAAUUUAAACAAUAAACAGUUCAGGAAAAUUUGAUCGACCGUACGCAUGCUGAUUUUGUAUCAAAGGUGAAGGCCGCGGCCAGUGUUUAUCAGCUGCAUGAUCAUGCAUUGCCACGAUCUUUUGAAUAGAGUUAAAAAACAUCCCGCAUAUCAUUGUUACUAUUGCAUCGUCGCAUGCAGAAUUUAGGCAUAUCUAAAUAAAUCAAUGACAUACAA